AUGCUGAAGAAACAUCUGGACAGUGAGGGCCUCUUCAGGAAGUCAGGAUCAUUCACAAGACAGAAGGAAAUAAAAGAGACACUGAGUAUGAACUUUGACCCCAGCCAGCUUGAGGUACUGAGUGCAUAUGACCUUUCAGACCUCAUCAAGUUGUUUCUCAGGGAACUUCCUGAACCGCUGUUCACAAGCAGAUUGCAAGGAUUCUUUCUAGUCUGUUCUUCCAUUGGUCAAUGCGAACUCAUCCAGACCCAGCUGAUGUUGUGCCUCCUGCUCCCACGACCUCAUCUCCAUCUACUUCGUUACUUGUGCCAUCAACUGUACAUCGUCAGUGAACAUUCACCCAUGAACCACAUGAACGCCACCAACAUUUCCAUCUGUUUGGCUCCUAACAUGUUCAAACUCUCUCACUCACUUCACAAUGCUGAUUUGAAGUUAGCACAGAAACAAGCAGACGUCUUGAAGAUAUUGGUGGAGAAUCACAACUUGAUUGGCAUGCUGACUGAUGACAUCGUUGCAAAAGUUACUGAGAUGUCCUUGAAGCAACAGAGAAUUAAUAGCAGCUUUCUGGAAAGCACAAACUUCGAAGGAUGCAUUCAUUUUGGAGAUGAGAACAUAAGCAAGGAAAUUGAUCUUAGUUGUCGUGACGUUGAUGUUGGUUGUCAUGUUGAUGAUGUUGCUGGUUGUCGGGGUGGGGAUGCUGAAGCCGGAGGGAGGACAUCUAGGAUGAAGAAGAGGAGUACUUCACUGCAAGGGUUGGUGAAAGACAUAAGUGCCAACUUCACACGUUGGAGAUCGUCCAGCAACAAAAGGCAACAAUCGUUGACAUCCACUCCUCAACAACUUUCAACGAACAACCUCAGGGAGAAAUCAACACUUCAAUCCAGAUCGCAACAUCCGACAGCAUUGCUGCAACAACACGAGAAACAUCAACAUGAUCUUGCAAUAACAGAGGGCCACAAUUUAUUCAAGCGUAGAAUCAAGAGAGCUAUCUUGACGAAUGUCAUGCCAGAUGUUGUACCCAUCAACAACGGCAACAACAACAAUAAACUCCACAACAACAUCGAUAACAUCAACAUGGACAACAUUACUGCUAAAAACCACAAAGUUAAACUCUUGAAUGACAUUAAUAGUAACUUUCAUAAUCGCAUUAAUAUAUGCGACAAUGUUCAGAGGGGUCAUUAUAAUUUUAAUGUCAUGAACAGUAACAACGACAAUGACAACGACAACAUUUUGAACGAGAACACAAAUGCAUCUGGAUGUAAUUCAAUAUCAGCACUGCACAGAGAUUUCAUGAAAUCAACACAGUUCUACCUGUCUCGACCAGUUACUUGUCCUCCGACAACUUUCACAUCCACUUUCUUGUAUAAUUUCAAAAAUGAAUUUGCCACGACAUCUUCAACGAAAAUUUCGAUAGCAAGAGGUGUUACAGCAGGAACAACACUGACAACAACAACAUCCUGUGCAACAUAUCUUGCAUCAACACAGGACUGCAUAGGUUAG